AUGCAAUUCAACUAUGUUACACAGUUGGAAGCCCAAGUUGGAGCACAACUUCAAGAAGCAUUAAACAUCGAGCAAAAAGCUGCAUUUGACAAUGUAAUGUCUGCAAUUGAUAAUGAAAAUUUACCACACAGAUGUUUUUUUAUUGAUGGACCUGGUGGAAGUGGCAAGACUUAUUUAUAUAAAACAUUAUUGAGUACUUUACGUGGACGCACAGAUGGAGUUCUUCCUGUUGCCUCUACAGGAAUAGCAGCUAAUCUCCUUGAUGGUGGCAGAACUUACCAUUCACAGUUUAAGCUUCCAAUUCCAUUACUGGAAACAUCAACAUCAAAUAUGAGAAUGACUUCAAAAGAUGCAGAGUUCAUACGUAAUGCUAAAUUGCUUAUUUGGGAUGAGGCCUCAAUGACACCCGGUAUAGCUCUAAAAUGUGUAAAUAACCUUCUUCAGGAAAUUAUGCAGAACAAUAAGCCAUUUGGUGGAAAAGUUAUACUCCUUGGUGGAGACUUCAGACAAACACUCCCAGUUCUUCCUCAUUGCAAUAGAACUGCUAUUGUGGAAGCUACUAUAAAGUUCUAUGAUCACUGGGAUAAAUUUAAAAUUUUAAAAUUGAAGAAUAAUGUGCGUUCAGUGGAUCCAGAAUUUAGCAAUUGGCUACUAAAAUUAGGACAGGGUUCAUUAAAUAAUUCAGAGGGCCUUCCUGAGGAUUUAGUUGAGAUCCCUUCCAAAUUAAUAUGCAAUGAUUGUAUCAUAUCUGAAAUUUUUGGAAAAAAAAUUCUUCCAUCUGAUCUUCACAGUUUUUCAAAAAAGGCCAUUUUGUGUACGAAAAAUUGUCAUGUUGAUCAAAUCAAUGAGCAUGUAUUAAAUAUACUCGAUGGUGAUGAAAAAAUAUAUCUGAGUUCAGAUUCAAUUGAUGAUCAGACAGAUGAAGAUGCACAAAACUAUCCCAUAGAGUUUCUAAACGAAUUAGCUCCAUCAGGAAUGCCUCUUCAUAAGUUAAAAAUAAAAUUGGGAAGUAUUAUUAUGUUGCUCAGAAAUCUGAACACAAAAAAAGGUCUGUGCAAUGGAACAAGAUUGAUAGAUAAAGAUCUUAAGCCAAAUCUAUUAAUUGCAGAAGUACUCACAGGAACAGCAAAAAAACAAAUGGUGUUUAUUCCGAGAAUAGAUUUAGCCCCUGCCAACACUGAACUACCAUUCAUUUUACGAAGGAGACAGUUUCCAAUAAAACUUGCAUUUGCAAUGACCAUCAACAAAUCACAAGGUCAAACGUUAGACAAAGUAGGAAUAUUUCUUCCAGAACCAGUAUUCAGUCAUGGACAACUUUAUGUUGCAAUGUCUCGAGUUCGUACAUCAUCUGAUGUCAAAAUUAAGAUACUUCAAAGUUCAAAGCAAGGAAAGAUAUUACCAAACAGUAGAUUAGUUGCUUAUUCUAAACACAUGUACAUUCUCAAAGGUGAACAGGCAUCCAUUCUUGUUCAAUUAGCAAAUGUCACAACUCAAUAA